AUGCCAUUUGAACCCGGUGAUGGCCGGCGCUCAGUGUCUCCGCUGAGUACGGGACGCUCCUCGCCUGCUCUUCGCGCCCCUCGCCGGGUCGAGGACGGUGUCGCGCAAAAGGAUAAGACGACUCGUCGCUAUGCCACUGCUAUAGAGCGUGCCCUUUCCUCAUUCGACAGUGCCCAACAAGAAUGGGCCGACUACAUUGCCUUCCUAGCCCGCCUGCUCAAGGCCCUCAACCCUCCUCCUCCGAACCUUGAAUACCUCCCCCACGCCCAGGGUGUUGCUCUGCGCCUGGCCCAAUGCCUCAACCCUGCUUUGCCCUCGGGUGUCCACCAAAAGGCUCUCGAUGUCUAUGCCAACAUCUUCUCCUUCAUUCCACCUCCAUCUCUCGGCCAGACUCUCCACGUAUACCUCCCUGGUUUGGUGCCAGUCUUGUCCUUUGCCUCUCUGUCCGUGCGACCCAUCUUCUACUCAGUCAUCGAGGAUCACAUCCUGAAACUAGAUUCGGAACAUAUCCGCCCUGCCACAAAGUCUUUGAUUCUAUCCCUGCUCCCGGGCAUCGAAGAUGAAACAAGCGAGGACUUCGACCGAGCUUUCCGCAUUCUCGAUGUCUUGCGGAAGUCGUCUGCUCGCGACAUGGAAGAUGAUCCUGAUAGCGAAGGAAAAGACGGCUACUUUUGGCAGUGCUUCUUCCUCGCCGUAAUAACAAACCCUUCUCGCAGGCAGGGUGCCCUGGCUUUCUUGACCCGUAAGCUUCCCAACUUUGCUCCAUCCAAAAUCGAAGACCGCUCCCUUCCCUUGCCUGCACAGGCCGCCAUCAACCCUGAGCCUGGCCUGCUUGUGCGUUGCUUUGCUGCAGGUCUCCAGGAUUCGCAGAUUCUUGUUCAGCGUGGCUUUCUCGAUCUACUCGUUACACACUUGCCGCUCCACUCGCCUGUAUUCCGCAACCAUGUCCGCUCCAAGGACAUGGUACUCAUAACUACUGCUGCCGCUGGCUGCGUCUUGAGAAGGGACAUGAGCCUGAAUCGACGACUCUGGUCGUGGUUUCUUGGCCCCGAUCCAACUGCUUCCGAGGCUGAGGAUGGUGCGCCCCUGUCGCCUACAGACUCACGCGGUAAUGUUUCCCAGAAACAGGCUAUGUAUUUCCAAAAGCAUGGUGCGGCCGCUCUUGAGAAGAGUAUCAUGAACAUGCUUGGUCAGCAAAGCACGAACCCUGCAACUCGCGCCCGACCCUUUCGCGUUUGUCUGUCUUUGAUGGAUCGCUGGGAAGUCGGUGGCUUGAUCGUCCCCAAAGUGCUGCUUCCGGCCCUCAGAAGCGCUUAUGAGUACAGCCAGGUUGGUUCACUAGCACAACUUGAGGAAGUGAUUCGCAGUGCAAGCUUGUUCUUCGAUGGCGUUGAAAGUAGUCUGAUCUGGUCGCGUCUGAUCAGUGUGCUUCUCUCGUCCUUCGAUACACGAUCAUCUGCUCCGGCCCAGUCGAUAGGAGAUCUUGAAUUUCUACAUUUCGUCAUCGAUCGUUUUGAUGUACGUGAUGAAGAAAUGCUUCUACGGCAUAUCCCAAACACUCUUCUGAUUCUCCUCGCCCGACUCGCUUCCAUCCUGCGUGAAAACAAGGAUGAACCCGAACGCUUCAUGAUUCUUGUGCUGAGCCUUGCGCAACGACUGUUGCGUGUGUCGCCCCCUCGUGCUUUCGAGCACGACAACAAUGAUGGUCACCCCAAAUCCUCUUGGCAAUCUGAUAGAUGCCAUGUGGUCGUCAAUUCGCUCAUACAACAGUAUACCAAAGAAGACUUUGACGAAAGCACGAUGGACAAUUUACAUCUCGAUCGACGCAGUACUGCUGAAUACAUGCUACAAAGCAUUGUUGAAGUCUUGAGAUUGGCCCUGACAUCAAGUACGUUGGCCAACCAACUUGGUCUGAUCACGGACUGCUUCGUCAGCAUUAUUACCAAGACACCCAGCUCCGAAGCGUUGCGCAAUGCGAACAUUCAUGACACAUUCAAGCAUGCUCUUGAUAAGGAGAGUUUGCUACAAGACUCUUCGACUGAACAGUCAUCGUUUUUGGUCAUCAAUUCCAUCAUGUCAGUCAUAAUCGCCAGCGUGGGUGGACAACAAUCACAAUACUUCACUCCCGAACAGAUUAUGGACCUCCAAACUAAUGUUCUGAACGGUAUAUGGCAUCAUCUCUCGCCCUUCAGACCGAAAUAUCAUGUGGAAGCUGUGCGAUUGAUAUGGCAGCUUGAGAGUUUGACCAAAAGUGAACAUCAGGUUGAAGCACGUCUAGCGUUGCUUGUUGGUGGCGAAUCCGAAGAAGACGGGCCAGAGGUAGCAUCAAGGUUUACGGUACUUUGGGAACAUACUAUGCAAAGCUUCAGUCCAAGGUCAGAAGGAUCAGGGAGGCCCAUGUCUCGUAGACCCAGUGUCAUGCCUACAUCGGGCGAGUUUGGGAGCGACGUUGACCCAGAGAAAGUCUUAACACGACCGCUGCUACUGCUCCUGGACUCGCUCAAUGCUGAAGGUACUGGUGCCGCUGACGUUGUUCUCUCAUGGCUCCAGAGUCUUUCGAGCCUGGAUAGGGUUUUCUACAUCAUAUGCUCCAAGCUGCAUAACGAUAUGAACAACUAUGCUUAUGAAGCAGGAAAGACAGAAGCUCGGCACCGAACACGAAGGAAUGCAGUGCAACAUUUGGACGGCAUCCUCUUCUGUCUCAAGCAUUUGCGAAACCUUCUACGCCGUCCCAACGAACACUUGUGGCUCACUCUCUCGAAUCUCCAGUUCGGCUUUUCAGGCAGUCCAAGAGGCGAGACUCCGAAGACUGAUGCCAUCGAAUUCAUUGCUAAGAUGUGUCUGAGAACUCUGGCAUUGCAGGGACACACCGUUCCCCAGUCCCUCCAGCACGCAGCCUUGACUAUACUUCAAACACUACUCGAGUGUCCCAACGCGUUCAUCUUGAAGCAGUUGGAGAUUGAUGAUGCACUGAUUGGUACAUUAAGCAAGGCUCUGAAAGGUCCAAUUGGAGCGCUUCAAACUGUCUACCUUGAAACCAUUUCUAAGGCACUGAAGCUACGAGCAACGGCAGCGCACAGUACCUUUGCCAUGCCUCGAAGUCCACUCGCCUCUCACAGGCCGUCCCUCACAAUCGAGGUGCCCGAGAAGGCGCCACAGCCGGUGAUCUCUACGCCCCCUCCUGAGUUGUUGAGCUGUCUCCGUACUGGCCUGUCAUCGCCUUCCAGCCGCCUCUUCUUGGAGCACUGGGUCGAGUUCCUUGACCAGGUUCUGCCGCUCUAUGCAGACGCUGUUUUUGCCAAUUUAUUGCCUCUGGUGGAGUGUAUCUGCAAGCAAGUCUCAAUCGCUUUCAGAUACGUGAAACACAUUUCUCACUCGACACACGAACAAAUCGAGUCCGUGCCUAUCUCAACUUUAUCUGCACUUUUGCACGGGCUUGAGCUUGUUCUCGCUCAUGUGCAUCGACAGUUCCAAAGCGAAGAAAUCGUCAGUCCCGUACCAAAGUCUCCCGAGCCAUCGCAAGGCUUCUUCGGCAAUAUUUCUGGCGUGUUUGCGCAAGAUGGACAACAAGCACCUCCGAGCAAGACUAGUCGCAUAAACAGCAGACUCACCAUGAUAUUGUCAUUCCAGGACGCAAUUCGAAUCUGUUUCUCCAUCUGGGCUUGGGCGAGCAAUGAAAGUGGUCGGUCAGAUACGACAUGUGCAGCGACAAUAUCCUUGAAUGCGCUCAAACUAAGAAACCGUACGCGAAAGAUUCUUGAGAACCUAUUUGCAGCGGAAGAGCUGGAGUGUCUCGAAACACUGGCUUUGAUUUGGUCCCGGUCCAAGCCAUCUCAGGAAGCUGAAUCUGCGGCGGUGUUCAGUUUGCUCCUAGUCUUGGAUGGCUCCAGACCCAAGAACACUGUCCCUGUCAUUAUCAAUGCUUUAUACAGUCGAACGAACAUUGACGCACUGGACAUUGGACGUAGAUCGAGCUUGACAUCAGAUUUGUCUACGGCUGAAGUGGCCGCUUUCUUGCUCAGCUAUUCGCGCGCUAUCGAAGACGACGCUACAGAUGAGAUAUGGACCGAGUGCACCAUCUUCUUGAGAGAUGUUCUCUCGAACCCACUACCUCAUAGACAGAUUCUACCAUCUCUGCUAGAAUUUACAGUCUUGCUCGCCGAGAAGAUCGACAACACCAACUUUGGUGAACUGCGUAAGAUGCGCCGCGAAUUGGGCGACAUCUUCCUUCGAUUGUUGACCGCAACGUUCACGGCAAGACCGCUCACCAAUAUCCUUGAAACCCCGACGGCCGGGUCGCAGCUUCCCAGUGGAGCUAGCGAUCUCAUACACAGUCUUCUCUACGCCACACCGAAACUUACAACAAUCCUGCAGAGUAACGACAGGGUGCAGACUGCAGUGAACACCAUAUCAAACAACGUCAUGACCCCUGCUUUCCACGCAAAGGCAUUCCCUGAGAAUGUUAACAAGGAUUUGUUGAAGCUGUUCGAGUACGUCGCUCAGCAGGGGCCAAGUUCAAAACACUGGAAGAAGGACAUUUCUGACGCUUUCAACAACCCUCGAUUGUUGACAUGUUCCGCAGACUUGAUGCAAGAUGGGUGGUAUCCUGUAUUGCGCAAGUGGGCGCUCAGCGACAAGGAUCGUCUUCCUGAACUUCUGUCCAAGAUCACCGCUCCUUCCACAGCCGGCAUCAUGUUUGGCGUCGGCGCCAAUGCAGCACGUCUCGAAGCCGACCGAAGAACGCAACUCACGCUUCGAAAAGCAAUGCUUCUCAUGCUUUCCUGUGAGCAAGACACUUUCGUAGGCAACCUGACGCAGAUCCUCGACAAGGUCGUCGAUCUCUGCGCAGCCGACCCAUCAUCCUCGCCCUCAUCGACAACGCGAGCAGACGUCUUCAUGCUCUUGCGCGCCAUGAUCCUUUCCUUCUCACCCAUUCACCUCUCCGCCAUCUGGCCAGUGCUUAACGCAAACCUCCAAAAGGCAAUCACUACCUGCCUACCCGGUGGUCAAGAUCAAGAGACAUAUAGCAACCUAUCACUCUUGCAAGCUUGCAAACUCCUCGACUUACUGACGACACUCACACCCGAUGAAUUCCAACUUCACGAAUGGUUAUACAUCACCGACACCAUUGACGCAGUCUACCGUCCCGUCGACCUCAACCCCGUCGCCCUCACCGACGAAGCAGCAGAAGCUUUGGGCAUGGAUUCAUCCGACCACACCACCUUCACGCCUUCAACCGCUCCCACCACCGCCAAUGAAACCGGUGUCAGAAGACCCUUCCUCGGUGGUUCGGUAAUGGACGGAGCAGACAUGAAGGCGAUGGCCAAAGAUGACUUUUUGCGCGGAGUGUUGCAGCCAUUCUUUAGUCAGCUGAGUAUGUUUGCGUAUGAGGCUACUUAUAGUAUGGGUGUGCCUGAUGUGGAGAUCUGCAGGAGGGGAUUGUUGGAGGAUGUUCUGGAUGAGAGUACGAUGGCUUGA